AUGUAUAUAGUGGACCAGCCUCCAAGCGUCCGUUUUCCAUGGUCGAUGAGAGGGUAGCCUAGCCUGUCCUUCCUUCCUUCUUCUCUCUGUAUCCCACACACACACACACACUCGCCCACUUGUCUCUAACAUUUCUUUCUUUCUUUCUCUUCAUUUGCUGCUGCAAACCUCUCACCUCAACAAUCGCCACCACCGAUAUUCAAUUGCCGCUCUAAUUUGCUCUGAUGACUUUUGGUAACAGACUUUAACAUUAUGAAAUCCGAAACAAAGAAGGGCCCAUUUCAUUUCAAAGGAAAAUCAAGUGCUUGUUUUUGUUUAUUUCCAAAAGUUAAACCUGGAUAUGGGCCAGGAAAUUCACCGGUUUAUCUCAACGUCUAUGACUUAACACCUAUGAACGACUAUGCUUAUUGGGCCGGUGUUGGCAUCUUUCAUUCUGGUGUCCAAGUUCAUGGUGUAGAAUAUGCAUUUGGAGCACAUGACUACCCGAGCAGCGGUGUCUUUGAGGUCGAACCUCGCCAAUGCCCCGGGUUCAAAUUUAGGAGGUCGAUACUAAUCGGGACUACAUGUCUUGACCCGGUCCAAGUCCGGGAGUUCAUGGAGCUUCAUGCUGCUAACUACCAUGGCGACACGUAUCACCUCAUUGUAAAAAACUGCAACCAUUUCUGCAACGACAUUUGUUAUCGUUUAACAGGGAAGCGAAUCCCAGGAUGGGUUAAUCGACUUGCUAAACUCGGUUCGAUAUUUAGCUGUGUUUUACCGGAAGCACUUAGAGUGUCAGCUGUGCAACAUGAUCCUAGUUUUAUACCGUAUGAAAACGAGAAGCAAAAGCUUAGAAGUAACAGUUUUAGUUUCUUGUCUUCGAGGCAGAGACAAUUGUCGGUUUCUUCUUUGCUUCUACAGUCUCCGUUAAAGGGAUGCUUACGGCCGUGGGAGUUGAGGCGAUCCAGAACCGCGGUGCUAAACAGCUAAAAUGUAAAAUAAUGGAAGCGUUUGGUUACUUAAACCUUGUUUGUUAGCACGGAAAAGUGAUUUGUAUUCUAUUAACAUUAUUCGUAUAUCUUCAAAAAGUUUCAAAUUUAUCGCUA